AUGACACCUCUGGGUGAUGGAAUAGACCGAAGGUUCACUGCAAGGCCAGGACUACUAAUUUACAGCUGCUCAGGCCUCCUGAACUUGGUACCAGGUGCUACAGAGAAGAUUCAGCAUCCUCCCUUCUCAGUUAACAAGGUGCAGCUGGGCUAUGAGCUGUCAAAGAGGCUUCUUUGGGUUUCGAUUGCUUCCUGCCUCCUAUCACAGCAAUUUGGUUAUAACAUGUGGAUUCUCUGUUCUCCUACUGUGCUCCUGCAAGAGUUAUAUAACAUAACAGCAUUUGAAGAGAUGAAGGAUUCACCUUCCCAAAUGACUCUGGUCAUUAUCAGCAUGGCUCUGUUUCCAUUUGGAGCCACCUUUGGGUCCCUUCCUGUUGGCUAUUUGGCGGAUAGAUUUGGCAGGAAAGGUGCUUUGGUGAUAACUAACAUUUUGUCCAUUAUCUCUUCUGUCCUGUUGGGUUGUUCACAUAAGAUAAGAACCUACAUAUACACCCUCUUUACCCGCUUCUAUGCUGGAAUGUGUGCAGGAAUAAUCUCCAUUGUUGUCCCUCUAUAUCUUGGGGAGCUCUCUCCUAGAAGCCUGAGGGGAGGCAUCACCAUGAUGCCCCAGCUUUUUUAUGGUCUUGGCAUGCUGAUGGCUCAGAUAGCUGCUCUUCGAGAACUCCUUGGGAACCGAAAAGGUUACCCAGCUCUGACGUGCCUUUCUAUGAUCCUGCCUUUCCUUCAGUUCUUUCUACUGCCCUUCUUUCCUGAAAGCCCUAGGUAUCUAUUCAUUCAGAGGAAGGAUGAAGAGAAUGCAAGACAAGCACUGAAUAUGCUAAGAGAUAGAAAUGAUGUGGAUGAUGAGAUUGAAGAGCUCCAACUGGAAGACAUCACUGAGAAGGCAGAAAAGAACAUGAAUCCUAUUAAACUGCUAUCAACCUCAAGCCUACGGUGGCAAGUCAUCACCGCAGUUGUCUUGUUGGUUGGAGAGGAGCUCAGUGGCAUCAAUGCGGCAUAUUAUUACAUGGAGAGAAUCUACCUGAGUGCAAGGAUAGAUAUAAAGAAAAUCCAGUUUGUUAUGGUAGGAGGAACUGCAUUGUGUUGCUGUGUAGCCACGGUAGCGGUGUGUCUCGCUGAUUCUAAGGGGCACAGGUUUCUGCUUCUCUCUGGCUUCGGUGUCUGCAGCCUCGUCACUGUGCUGUUAACCAUGACCAUGGAAAUGCAGGCCACCAUACCAGAGAUGGCAUAUUUCAGCACAGUUUUUCUCAACGUGUUCCUCGUUGGAUACUCUGUAGGGGCCGGUCCUGUUCCACCUGCAAUGGUAGUGCAGCUGUUCCUUCAGUCAUCACGAUCUUCAGCCUUUGUAAUUGUGCGAGUUGUACAGUGGUUCACAAACUUUAUUACAGGAGUAUUAUUCCUUUAUGCAGAGGCACAUAUUAGGGUUUACAGCUUCCUCAUUUCCUGGCCUAUCUCUGUAGCCACCUUUUUUUACAUCUUCAAGAUUGUCCCAGAAACAAAAAGAAGGACCUUUGUGGAUAUCAGAAGACUCAUGGCAAUCCAGACAGCCAGGAAGAUUGACAUCAAGGAGCAGAUGGACAAGUAG